UAUUCCUUUUCCAGGAUUAUCCUGAAGAUUCAAUAAAACCAUGUUCAUUAAGUGUUACGCACAGUGCCUGGCACAUAACUUGCUGCACGGGUCCACGGUCCAGACAGAGGGACCAGGCACUUUCCAGCGCCUGGAUCUGCAGACCCGAGGUCUUCUGUAUUCUGGCCAACCUCGGUGUUGCAGCUGCUCUCUGGGCCUCAGUUUGCUUGAACUAAAUGUAACGUGGCCAACUUUGGUAAACUUUGGGAAUCCACCCAACCUAACUUUAGGGAGAGUAUGGAGCCAGGGAUGGCAUUGUGAAUCCGGAGGGCCGACACCAGAAGAACCUGCAACGUAGCAUCUGGGACCUUACUUCCCCCGGAAAAGCGCCAGCGGCGGCGCCCAGGCGCGCAGUGCAAUGUGGGCCAGUAAGAGGCGCGGCUGGCCCCGCCCCCUGGACCGCCCACGUGGCCAGCGCCACCUGCCUCAUUGUGCCUAGGACUUCUCCAAACUCGCGCUGCGGAGUGAGUGACCAAGUUCCGGCCAGGUCGACCUCAAGGAUCCAGAGGUGGAGACGGUACUACCUCCCAGCUCUGGUUUCCAUCCCCUUCAGGUCCUUCCUUGGGAGGCGGGGAAGGAGGUCCACCCUGCGCGUGAUCCUUUAUGCCCGGCCCCUGCCCCUCCCUCCGGGUGGAGCUUCCUCCUCACCGCCAGACUUAAGCUAAGGACCGUUGGAUCUUUGGCAGGGUGCAGAACUGAGCCCAGGCCACACUACUGUGUUCACGCUCUGUGCUUGUGCCAAGGGGGCAAUGGCGGCUUCCUGUGUUCUCCUGCACACUGGGCAGAAGAUGCCUCUGAUUGGUCUGGGUACCUGGAAGAGUGAGCCUGGUCAGGCGGUGCCUCGGGAGGAGCUGUUCGUGACAUCCAAACUGUGGAACACCAAGCACCACCCCGAGGAUGUGGAGCCUGCCCUCCGGAAGACUCUGGCUGACCUCCAGCUGGAGUAUCUGGACCUGUACCUGAUGCACUGGCCUUAUGCCUUUGAGCGGGGAGACAACCCCUUCCCGAAGAAUGCUGAUGGGACCAUAUGCUACGACUCCACCCACUAUAAGGAGACUUGGAAGGCUCUGGAGGCACUGGUGGCUAAGGGGCUGGUGCGGGCGCUGGGCCUGUCCAACUUCAAUAGUCGGCAGAUCGAUGACAUACUUAGUGUGGCCUCCGUGCGUCCAGCUGUCUUGCAGGUGGAAUGCCACCCAUACUUGGCUCAGAACGAGCUAAUUGCCCACUGCCAAGCACGUGGCCUGGAGAUAACUGCUUAUAGCCCUUUGGGCUCCUCUGAUCGUGCGUGGCGUGAUCCUGAUGAGCCUGUCCUGCUGGAGGAACCAGUAGUCCUGGCAUUGGCUGAAAAGUAUGGCCGAUCUCCAGCUCAGAUCUUGCUCAGGUGGCAGGUCCAGCGGAAAGUGAUCUGCAUCCCCAAAAGUAUCACUCCUUCUCGAAUCCUUCAGAACAUCAAGGUGUUUGACUUCACCUUUAGCCCAGAAGAGAUGAAGCAGCUAAACGCCCUGAACAAAAAUUGGCGAUAUAUUGUGCCUAUGCUUAUGGUGGAUGGGAAGAGAGUCCCAAGGGAUGCAGGGCAUCCUCUGUACCCCUUUAAUGACCCGUACUGAGACCACAGCUUCUUGGCCUCCCUUCCAGCUCUCCAGCUAAUGAAGUCCUGCCACAGUGGAAAGAGGGAGUUAAUAAAGCCAUUGGAGCAUCCA